AUGGCUCCAACCCCUCGUAAUGGACUUGGUCCGACAAAAUAUAAUGCUGUUGUAAUUGUGGAUAGCCCAACUCAUGGAGUACGUGAUGAGGAGGAUCCAUAUGAGUUCAACCCUGGAGAUGAUCUGAUGGUCGAUGAUAGCCAAACUCGCUGGCGGCCGAAUCCUUACCCUGAGGAACCAACAACUAGAUGGCGAAGUGAUGGUGGUAAUGUUGCUGAUGAUGCAACUGUGGAUGAGGGGGUGGCUUUGGAAUCAACAGUUCUUAGUAGCCUUUGA